AUGUCGUUACUGUAUCUCGAUAUGGUGUUCUCUGAAACUUUGAGAAUGUAUCCGCCAGCAGAAUACCUACAUCGUAUCACAUCCGAGACUUAUAACGUGCCGAACUCCAAUCUCGUAAUUGAAGAAGGUACACCGGUUUUCAUCUCGGUGCGCGGUUUGCAUUACGAACCGAAAUACUUUCUCGAUCCGGAUAAAUUCGAUCCGGAGCGAUUCAAUGAGGAGAAUAAACGUGACAGGCCGGCAUACGUUUAUCUUCCAUUUGGAGAAGGUCCACGUACGUGUAUAGGUAUUCGUUUGGGGCUUUUAGAGAUGAAAUUAGCACUCGUAAAAAUUUCGAGCAAAUUUGAAGUGUCACCAUGCGAAAAAACUUUAAUACCAAUGAAACUUGAUUCUCGUGGACAUCUAACAACACCUUUAGGAGGC